AGCAGGAUGGCGACCUCCUUACUCCGGAGAACUAGAUGUCUCCAACCUUGCCUAGCACGGUGCCUUAACUUGCAGGAGUACCAGAGUAAAGGCCUAAUGGACAAGUACGGAGUGACAAUCCAGCCUUUCCUGGUCGCUAAAUCCGGGCCAGACGCUGCAGAGAAAGCUCACAUCAUGUUAAAUGAACGUGGAGCAAAUGAGAUCGUUUUAAAAGCUCAGAUUCUAGCUGGAGGGCGAGGUAAAGGUACCUUUAGUUCUGGUUUAAAAGGAGGAGUGAAACUAAGCAAGGAACCGAGUGAGAUCGGCCAGCUAACCGAGAAGAUGAUAGGUUUUAAUUUAGUAACUAAGCAAACCGGCGCUGAGGGCAGUCCGGUGAGUAAUGUAAUGGUAGCCAAGGCUCUGAACAUUGUUAAGGAGACCUAUCUGGCGAUAGUGUUGGACCGAGCAUACGGAGGUCCGGUCAUUAUUGCCAGUCCUGAUGGUGGGGUUGACAUUGAGGAGGUGGCAGAGAAAACUCCUGAACGUGUUUUCAAGAUCCCAGUUGAUAUUUUCGAGGGUAUCAGCGAUGAAGCUGCUGUGGAUCUUGCGCAUAAACUUGAAUUUGAGGGCGACGCCAUUCCACAAGCUGCCCGAGAAAUCAAGAAGCUGUACGAACUUUUCAUCGGAGUUGACGCUACACAAGUUGAAGUUAAUCCAUUCGGUCUAACAGACGAAAACGAGGUUGUAUGUUUCGACGCGAAGAUGAACUUCGACGAUAAUGCCCAGUUCCGACAGAAGGAUAUAUUUGAAAUGGAGGACACAAGUGAGACGGACCCGAGAGAGCUGGAAGCAGCUAAACAUGACCUAAACUACAUAGCCAUGGAGGGCAACAUCGCCUGUUUGGUUAACGGUGCUGGCCUGGCCAUGGCCACCAUGGAUAUCAUCCAACUACACGGUGGUUCGCCUGCUAACUUCCUGGAUGUGGGUGGUAGUGUCCAGGAAUCCCAGGUUGAGAAAGCGUUCAAUCUUUUAACCAGGGACCCAGCUGUCAAGGCCAUUUUUGUUAAUAUCUUCGGCGGGAUCGUGGACUGCAAAGUUAUAGCUACUGGUAUAAUAAAUGCUUGUAAUAAGACUGGUUUGGAAUUGCCCCUUGUGGUAAGAUUAAAGGGGUCUAAUAUGGAGGCUGCCCGGAAACUUUUAGGUGAAUCUGGACUAGAUAUGAAAGCUUAUGAUGAGUUUGAUGACGCUGCUGGGGCAGUCGUAAAGUUUGUGAAUUGAGGGCUGUUUGAUGACGCUGCUGGGGCAGUCGUAAAGUUUGUGAAUUGAGGGCUGUUUUUUAUUGUAACUUAUUUUUAGCCAAGCGCUUUAUGAGAGCAGAUUUAUACGUUGAUUUUUAUCACGUUUUAAGUAUUUAAUGACCUUGCGUAGUGUGCACUGUAUAUGAAAUUUGAAGAUGAAACUAUAAAUUAUUUUUUGUAGUAAAAUCCUGUUUGAUUGUUAAUUUGUUCCUAUUCUUUUGAAUCAAAUAUUUACGAAA